AUUCCUCUGAUAUCGCAGAAUACCUGUCAUGGCUUCUACAAUAUUUUUGCUGACUUUGUUUCUCAUACCUUGCCUAGCAGACAAGAAAAACGAUGGAAAUCAAAUAGUAUUUCACUACAAUGACUCAUAUGUAUUCAGUCAAUAUUACACAGUAUACGUCAACAAGUAUACAGAGUAUAUAAUGGAAUUUGCUGGUGACAAUAUAGAAUAUGAGACGCCAGCAAGGGUUUCGGUUGCCAGCGAUUUUGCCAACCGAUCAUACCCCCUAUUCAUAACGGCCAGACAGCAAAAAGGCGUGUUCUCCUGGCAGCUCCCAAUGCUGGUCCAGACCCCGGUCAGCCUGGAACAGUUCACGAACAUAUCCCGGACACUAUGCCCUCACAUUAACCAGUUCAGCGAAGACCAGGACAAUUGCGAUGUGUCCAGUGGCAACACUCCAAUAGUCCAUUUGACGUCGUCAUCGCCAGACUUAAUAAAAGUGACUAUAAUGGUGGAGACAGUUGAAGAUUUCUUCAUCAAGUUGAACUCUGUGACCAACCUGACCAGCUCCCCGAGCCAGCCCAGAUAUUACUUCUAUCCGUUCAGUCAGUCCUCCACCAAUCAGCUGGACGUCCACGCUCAGCGGCUGAAGAAGAAGGUGGCCUGCAAUCAGCCGCUAAGCGUUUUGGAACAGGACACGUUGCAGAGACAUUACUUCGUGCAAAGUUUGAGCAUUGGAUCAGAGUGGAUCUCGCAUUCCAAGAGUGUUAUUGUCAUGAUCGAGUCCGACGACGACCUGUGCGCCGUGGUGUCUAUACAGAACUAUUCGUGUCCAGUUUUCGACAACGAAAGGGAUAUUCUAUAUGACGGGUACUACCUCACUAUGACAAGGAGAGGCGGAAUCACCCUUACGCAAGACACGUUCCCCAUCGGUUUCUACAUAGUUUUCAUCGUCAAAACCUCUGACGAUGAUUGUAUAGCGUCAGCUGGUACUAACGUGAGCGUAUCCAAGAUGGCGUCCUACUUCGGUUGGCGGGAAACUAGAGCUGUCAACGUCAGCGCGGGCGACGGCCGAUACAAGACUUUUAGCUUCACGAUAAUAGAGACGAUAUCGUACCAGGAGUACAUGAUAGCGGCGGGGGCUGCGCUGGCGUUCUUCCUCAGCUUCUACCUCGCGGCGCUGGCCGCCGUCGUCUGCCACAAGAGGAAGCGGGCCGCCGCCGCAGCCUCCGUUGUCGAAGUUGGCGACGGCGAAGAAGGUGGCAGCACUGUCGCGCAACACAACCACACCGUGCGACGUCGCAAUGUCGUCAACAACAGCGGGGAGUCCUCCACGCAUUGGGAGAGGGGGGACAAUGGUAGACCCGAUGGUGGUAGUUCAUCUUCCGAUACAGAUUCCGACUUUUCUACACUGGACGAUGUGAAUACGGACAAGGAUUUGUACCUAAUGGGGGGCAAGCUGUGUGUUGCCAACUUAGCCAGAUGUCGGCCGCGCGUGCUGUCGGCGCGGUCGCGGCUGUACCUGUGGAACGUGCUGACGGUGGCCGUGUUCUACACGCUGCCCGUGGUGCAGCUCGUGGUCACCUACCAGCUGAUGCUAAACCAAUCGGGAAACCAAGACUUGUGCUACUUCAAUUUCUUCUGCGCCCACCCACUAAUGGUUCUGUCGGAUUUUAACCACGUUUAUUCUAAUUUGGGCUACAUUACUCUCGGCAUCUUGUUCUUGGGUUUGGUGUGGAGGAGACACAGCUAUCAUCGAGCGAAGACUGCCGCUCAGAAAGAGCUGGGGAUCCCCCAACACUUUGGGCUUCUCUACGCGAUGGGGAUCUCCCUGGUGAGCGAGGGCAUGCUGUCGGCCGCCUACCACGUCUGUCCCAACAGCAUGAACUUCCAGUUCGACACAUCGUUCAUGUACGUGACGUCGGUGCUGUGCAUGGUGAAGAUCUACCAGGCGCGGCACCCCGACAUCAAUGCGCGGGCGCACGCAACAUUCGGUGUUCUGGCUCUUAUCAUAUUUAUAGGUCUGGUGGGAGUUUUGAACGCCAAUCUAUAUUUCUGGUUGUUCUUCACGUUCCUCCACCUGACUACGUGUUUAGUGAUGACAUUCCAGAUAUAUUAUUUGGGCAGGUUCAAACUGGAUGCGGGUAUGAUCUGUCGGGCGUGUAGGGAACUGGUCACCCGACCUCUGGCUGCCAUCACGCCGACACAUUGCGGCCGUUGUGUGUUGUUGAUCAUAGCCAAUCUCGCGAACUGGGCGAUAGCUGCUUACGGUGUGGCGCAACACAGCCGUGACUUCGCGUCCCACCUCCUGUUGGUCCUCAUGAGCAAUCUGUUCUUGUACACAUUAUUUUAUAUCGUCAUGAAACUGCUGCACAGGGAGUCUAUACGGUGGUACAGUUGGGUGUUCAUAGCGCUGACUUACGGCGUGUGGUUCAGUUCCAGCUAUUUCUACUUGGAUCAGAGUACCAAUUGGGCCCUGACGCCAGCGGAGUCGCGUCGAAACAAUCGCGUGUGUUCAUUACUCCAACUCUACGAUUCCCACGAUAUCUGGCACUUCAUGUCCUCGGUAGCCAUGUUCUUCUCCUUCAACAUGUAUCUGACCAUAGACGAUAACUUGCAGGGCGUGCCCAGAGACAAGAUUAUGGUGUUUUAAUUUUAUAAUCUUACUAUGUCAAUAUUCGUAUUCAAUAGUUGAUCCUUGGGGGUUACUAGACAAUUUUUUGGUGUGAAGUCGCCUUUCAGUAUGGACGAGUUGACACAAACUGGAUAUCGCUCGGGAGUCGACUCGCCUUUAAAUCGUGGGCGUGUAAACACAAAUUAAUAAUUACUUGUUCUUAAAUCGCCUUUGUAACGCGGACAAGUUGAUAUUGACCUAAAAGUAUACAGGUUGACGUCCCGGUCUACGGUUACGUAAGAUAGUAUUAUAACAAUUAAUUAACAUAUUUUUGAGUAACAUAAAUAAUUUUAUCUUUUAUAGUCGCAUUUAUUAACCAAGAAAUGAUAUUUUACUAUAAAAAACACGUUUUAAAGUGUAUCAAUAAAAAUAUUGUAACUGUUUACACAAUUUUUCGAAUAACAAUUCAAACAGGACUAGAUUAUUUUUUCAGAGGGUUUUUUGUGAGUGUCGACUCGACCGCGCCUCAGAGGCGAGUUGCCCACUAAUCCGAACAUUGUGCCUCUGUGAUAAGUUACAACAAUUAUUUUAAGCGGAAUUUAAUUCGAUUAGUCUGCGAACAAGCAAUUGAUAAAGAAAAAAAUGUUUGCGUUUACGUAAAAUAAAUUUCGUUUAAAAGUUUGGUUUGAAAAAAACACCCGUGUAUAGAAUGAUUUACGUAUUAGUUAUAUAAAAAAAACACAUUUUUAUUGUUAUUUACAGAUGAUUUCAGUAAAUUUGUCCAUAAUUGUAUUUAAUUUCACGUAUACGUGUAUCAAAUAUAAAAUUUAUAAACAGUCAAUAUAUUUAAUCGCCUUUAUAAAAUGGACACACGCACAUAGAUUCGUUUAUUCAAAUUAAGACUGUAAGUAGAGCACUGAAGGUAGAUUUUGCAAUGACACACAGCCUUAUGACUUUUGCCUUGAACUUUAAAACUAUAUAAUAGGUAUGUUCAUUAUUGAUGUUAUUCUAUUAAUAUUAUAAAUGCCAAAGUUUUUAAUAUCCAUUGUAUGUGGCUUAAAAAGUAAUUCAUACAAACUUUCAUCCACGGUUUAACCCGAUUUGAAAAUGCCUGUGUUAAAAACCUCGUAUGUUAACUAUAUUCGUAGCAAAUUACAUCAAAAUUUGUGCAGUGGUUUUGCUGUGAAAGUGUAACAUAGUACAGCAUAUAGUGGCACUCACAUUUUUUGUUAUGACAAUUAAAAUUGAUCUCCAUUCUGCGUAGGAGCAUAUUGAAUGAAAGUAUCUUAAAUUAGGUAUAAAUAUUAUAAGUAUUUUCUGAUAGGAAAGUAAAUUAUGGCAAAUUUUUUUCUUCUUUUAUUUGAGUUGCAAUACACUUACUAUAUGAAUAUAUAUAAUAGUGUGUAUUUUUUGCUUAAUCAAAAUCGACAUUUACAAAAAAAUAAAAAUAAAAUACGUUUUUUUUUAUCGUCCUAGGCACAUUCUAUUUUUAUUUCAGGAUCUUAUUUUGUAUUUUAUUUUAGUUAUUUUGCAUGCGAUGAAUUUUGGAAAAAAAAAUGAGGUUUUUAAUCACCUGUAGUCGUUUUGUACGUUUUGAUAAGAAUUUAUUUUAUUUAGUAAGUGCAGUAUUUUUCGACUGAUCCAUGACAAAUUCAUCGAAGUUCGAUUUAUGUAUUAAAAAUUAUUAAUUAAAAUCAUAGUAUUAAAAAUCUAUUUUUUUCGAAAAAUAAAAUAGUCUUUAGUAUAAAGGAGAAAGGGAUGGAUGCAUAUAAAGAGAGACGGAGCAUAUAUUCUGUCGUCACAAGGAAAAAAAGAUGCAACAGAGUAUUUCAAAAACGGAUUUUCUACAUAUUCGCCAUGAAUUUAAACACUUACAAAACAAACACCAAAAGUAAACGUAAUCACUUCUUUUUAUAACAAAUCUCUCAAACGAUUGUCCAAACGACGAUAUUCACAAUGUCGAGGCAAUACGAUAAAUUUGGUGGUUUAACCUGUAAUAAUUUAAUUCGCCGGAAUUAGCUUGUCCACAUUCAAAGUGAGCGGGCAUUAUUAAUAAUGUUCUAAAGGUCAUUCGUUUAAAAAAAAUCUAGAUGUGUAUUUUUUUUUCAUACAACGGUAGUGUUUUCCCAGCCUCGCUCAUUACUAAGGCCUACCAAAAUGAUUUUUUUUAGGUUAGUUGAUCUCAAAUAUCAUUGCAUUUAUAAUUAAAAAUAUACAUAAAUGUAAUGCUUUAGAAGCUUAUAAACAAAAAUUAUAAGGUGCUAGUAAUCAAAAUUUUAAUACGAAUUUCCAUAAAAAUUAAAUUUACUCUUUUACUUCUUCUCUUAAAAGGUUGCUUAAGUUUAAAAAAAAAUCUAAAAAAUUGUUACAAUUCUAUUUCUUUUACAAGAGUGUUGUAAAAAACAUUUUACCUAUUUUAGUAAAUAUGUUUUGUCCUUUUUUAUCCCUAUCUCUCUAAUUAAAUGAAAGAAACAAAACAUGUUAUGUCUAGAAUAUAUUUUAUAAAAAAAAAUUAAUUAAGCUAAUAAAUAUAGUCUGUCAAGAAAGUGAUGAUAAUAAACGCGGGCGCUGUCGCCUGUUCGCUGGCAACACAGGAUUUAUCAACCAAUCUUGACCAUUCUGUUUGGUGUUGCAAUGGCAAAAAAUGUAGUUCGUUUAAAAUCCAUUGUGUUCACUUUCUUGACAGACUUGUACAUGAUUUUAUUAUUUAAAAAAAAUAUAUUACGCAAGAUGACACUUUUUAAUUUUAUUGUAAAACUGCGGCGUGUAUCGUAAUGCAUUUGUAAUUUGUAGGAGUUUAUUGUGAUGGUAACAGUGGAAUCACUGCUAGUCCUUGUAAAUAAAUGUGCUUUUUGGAAUA